AUGGGAGCCACCGACGAGAACCAGCCUCCCGAUCCGAGAGACCUAAGAUCUGCGUUCGACGAUACCAGCGUUACUGAUACCAUCCUUCGCCAGACGCAACUUCUAUAUUCCUUGGUGCUUCUUGUUGCAUUUGUGACAGGUGCGGCCUGGUAUAGCGUAUACAAUGCUAAGAAAGAAGAGGACCUGGUCCAACCCACAGUCAAGGGACCAGGUGGGAAGCCUCUGCCCAUUACGAAGCGUAAGAAGCGGGAUGAUAGCGAGCGCAAGUUGGGACCUCGCUUUGGACCGGCAGCCAAGAAUGUCUUUCGCUAUUUAGCGGCUAUUCUAUUCUUGAGCUAUGUUGGUACAGGCGUGUCAAUGUUUGUUCAUGCCUUCUGGCAUGAGAACCCUUAUAAAUGGUCAAGAGAAGGCCUGCCGUGGGCAGGCGAGUGGAGCGUGGUCCAUGUCACCGGCUCCACGUUUUUCUACUUGUAUAUCCUCUUCUCCUUGUUUGACUGGAGAAAAGGCCCAAACAUUGUGCAUCUUGCCAUCUGGGUCUUGGGACUCUGUGGUGAACUUGUACUUUUCGUCACCACCUUUAUUGCGGCUGCCGAUUGCCACUUUGCUCGCUCGGUUCGAACAGCGAAUUCCGCCAACGAUGAUGAGGAGAGUUGCGUGGAUUACUGGGCAAAGAUUGAUCUAGUUCUCUAUUUUGUUCGGCUUCUUCACCUCCUGGCCCUCAUCGGCUUCUUCUGCAUUGCCUGGAUAAUGAAAGUCCGUCAUGACGACCAUGGGCUUGAGGCGGCAGCUCCUUGUUCAGAGUCUACACCGUUGCUCAAUGGACGAGCUAAUGGGUCGUAUGAGACGAGCAACGGUCAGACAUAUGGUUCACAAGAACGACGAUCUCGCAAGCGGACAUUGUCGAGCGCCACACGGGCCUCCGGUUAUGGCACCUCCCGCAAAGAAGAGCAAGCUGCGUUUUACCGCCCAGAGAAACUCCCUCGCCGGACCUGGGUGGAGUAUGUCCGCGGAUACUCGCUGUUCUUUCCGUAUUUGUGGCCAAAGGACUCGACCCGAUUACAGUUGCAGGUCCUGUUCUGCUUUAUUUUGGUGAUUGUUCAAAGAUGCGUGAACGUGGCAGUUCCCUGGCAGAUUGGACGUGUUGUCGAUAGUCUCGCCGAGGCCGUUCGAAGUGUACAGCGUGGUGAACCACUGACCACCGACACCUUUCCUCUGAAGGAUUUUCUUUUACUGGGCGGCCUGUGGAUAUUCCAAGGCCAAACCGGCUUACUGGGGUCUUUGAGAUCACUUCUCUGGAUUCCAGUGUCGCAAUACUCCUAUCGAGGAUUGACCACUGCAGCCUUUAACCACGUACACUGCCUCAGCCUCGACUUUCACUUGUCAAAGCGAACUGGAGAAGUUUUAUCAGCGCUGAACAAGGGUUCCGCCAUCAACCAGUUUCUUGAGCAGGUGACAUUUCAAGUCGUUCCGAUGCUUUUUGAUCUUUUCCUUUCCAUCAUUCUCUUCUAUUGGGCCUUUGGAGCAUUCUACGCCGAAAUCAACCUGGUCAAUACCUGUUGGUAUUUGUACAUGACCAUCAAGAUGGCGGCGACUCGUGCCGAUCAUAGACGGGAAAUGACGAAUGCUGAUCGAGAAGAGGAGGCUGUGAAAAACGAUUCAAUCUCUAGUUACGAGACUGUGAAAUACUUCAAUGCUGAAGAGUUCGAAUCCAGACGAUAUCAGGACAAGGUUGGCGUGUUCCAGAGAGCCGAAGCUAAAGUCCAGAUGGGCAUGGUUCUGAUGAAUAUCUGUCAAACCUUGGUAUUCAAUUUGGGGAGGAUCGUCGCGUCGUUGGUCUGUGGCUGGCAAGUAGCGGUGGGUGUUCGGACAACGGGACAGUGGUUUACUGUGGUGGCAUACUUGACCCAGUUGCAGGGCCCACUGAACUUUUUCGGGACCUUCUACAGAACGGUACAGCAAGCUAUGAUAUCCGGUGAACGACUGCUGGAACUCUUCAAGAUUCAGCCCACGGUGGUUGAUACGCCGCAUGCAGUACCUCUCGAAGACUUCCAUGGUCAUGUCCGCUGGAAGAAUGUCAGCUUUGCUUAUGAUAGACGUAAGCCAGCCCUGCGCAACAUCAGCUUCGAGUGUGCCCCUGGCACAACAACGGCAUUUGUUGGCGAAUCGGGUGGCGGCAAGUCGACGCUGUUUCGCCACAUGUUUCGCUACUAUGACUGUGACGAAGGCAGCAUUGAGUUCGAUGGUAUAGACGUCAAGGAUCUGACAAUCGAGUCUGUGCGCCGACAGAUUGGGGUUGUCCCCCAAGACACAACGCUUUUCAACGAGUCCCUAAUGUACAAUCUCCAGUAUGCGAAUCCAUCUGCCACGGAGGAAGAAGUCUAUGCGGCGUGCCGGGCUGCCAGCAUCCACGAUCGAAUCAUGAGCUUCCCGGAUCAAUACAACACUCAAGUUGGAGAGAGGGGCUUGAGACUCAGCGGCGGUGAAAAGCAGCGGGUAGCCAUUGCUAGGACGAUCCUCAAGGACCCUAGAAUCAUCAUGCUGGACGAAGCUACAUCGGCGUUGGAUACCCAUACUGAGCAAGAGAUUCAGGACAAUGUGUGGAACAUAGGAGAAGGGCGAACUCUCCUAAUAAUUGCACACCGACUCUCCACGAUUACUCAUGCUGACCAGAUUAUCGUGCUACACGCUGGUGAGAUUGUGGAGAGAGGUACUCAUGAUGAAUUACUUGACGCCAAUGGACGUUAUGCCUCGAUGUGGGAGAAGCAGAUCCGGGCUGAACGGGCCUUGGACGCAGCCCGAGAGGCACAUCUAAAAGCAGCACGGGCAGUGCGAAGGGCCAACAUGGGCUCGAAAACGCCUGAGGAGGCUACCAUGGAGGACUACCAGAGCCUUGGCUCUUCAGGAACCCUCUCUGGCAAUGCCACCAGUCGUGGCAAUAACGGAGGGGACUCUACCUCAGCUUCAUCAUCGGCGUCGUCAGCAUCAUCCGAUGCUGAGUCGACUCAUACUGACGACCAUGAGGAUGACCGACAUUAA